UUGAAUAAAACUAAAGCUACUUGAGUGAGUUCUCUAAAGGAAACCUUGCUGAGCCCCAACUUAAAUGGAUGGAAGAAACGACAGUGAAAACGUGUUUAAAAAACUGAAACGGUUCUUUGCUGGUAAAAGGUGCCAAGAUAGCUCGUGGUCGUGGGCGGUGUGUUUUUCAGCGGCUGUGUGCAAUGCAAUCAAUCUUGGCUUUGCUCUCAGUUUUGGAGUUUUGUUCCCAGAGUUGAUGAAGUACUUUAAUGCCACAAGAGAGAGGACAGCUUGGGUUGGUUCCAUCGGUUUAGCCAUGGUUUGGUUUGCAAGUUUGCCCGCUGGAUAUCUGUGUGAUCGCUUUGGAUGUCGCAUCACGUGUUUCUUGGGAGGACUGCUGUGCAUUACAGGUUUGGUAGCGACUUCAUUCGCCAACAGUCUCGCUGUGAUGUACUUUACCUACGGUUUGGUGUACGGUUUAGGGGCCUGCCUCAUUUACAACUCUUACUACCUGGUGGUUGGAAAGUAUUUCAAGACAAAACUCUCAAUAGCUGUUGGUAUAACGGCAUUAGGAUCUGGUGCAGGUGUCCUUUAUAAUGGCCCGUUACUUCAGGUUCUUUUGGACGCGUUUGGAUGGAGAAACACCUUUAGAAUAAUGACGACAACAUUCGCUCUUGUUUGCAUUUUGAGUUUGAAUUUCAGUCCAAACGUAGUAGAAACAACAUCGGAGGUAGAUGUGGAAUCAGAAACAGACGUCGAACAAAAAGUUGGAAUUAAGGGUAGAAUCACUUUUUAUUGCAGCGUGUGGACGUUUCCUGUUUACACUUUUGUCGUCAUUUCUAUAACUGUGGGAAGUUUUGGCAUGUUUAUUCCUAUUAUCAAUCUGGUCAAAUAUUGUGAAGAUCUUGGUAUCACGGCCCAGAGUGCCUCUCGACUGUUCAUCUUUAUUGGCCUUGCCUCAUCCCUUGGACGGAUUCUGUCAGGAAACCUGUGCGACAAUCCAAAAGUCAACCCAGUAUUUGUUUAUCAGUCAUCCCUAUUUAUCGGGGGUGUAUCUACGCUCCUGUUACCUUCCGCAACUAAAUACUGGGCCUUAGUUGUAUUCAGCUGUGCAUAUGGAUUAAGCGAUGGAAUUCUUAUAUCAUCAUCGUGCUAUAUUUUGCUCAGUUGUGUGGACAAAAAGAGAAAGACAGCUUCAUUCUGUAUCGAAUGCCUGCUUUAUUCAUUUUCAGCAGCGACUGGAGGACCUAUUGCUGGACUGAUGGCAGACCAAACAGGGAACUAUAUCUAUUCGUUUUAUAUGGCCGGUGGUGUUGUGUUGCUUGCAUUCUUUAUUCCCUUUGCUUUGAUUUUCAUCAACCGGAGGAAGUCUCAAGUCAGUCCAAUAGUUUCAGAAGAAAUGAAGAACCCAGGAGAAAGGACUGCUGCUCCAAGAUCCACUGUGGCACCCAACGACUUCCCUGCUCAGAGCUAAUUAAAAAUGUACUUGCAUUUGAUACCAUGGAAGCUAAGCCUUACAGGGGCAGUUAUAUUUCGACGCACCCAUCUUUUCCUGCAAAUUCGCUAGUGUCUUCAGAGUAAUAGUUCCUCGUCUUUUAUAGUGAAACUAAAAGCAUCGUUAUUCCAUUUCAUAUAGAUGUAAAUUUCUGUCUGACGAGCGCUUAGACGCUUAGGCGCGAAACUCUGAGAGUCACAGAGAAUCGACGCGUCCCCUUUAAUUAUUUAACUUAUGUAUACUUAGCUCUGCUACCACAGCAUUACGCACUUUACGCCAAGGUAGACUCUACCCCCAUUUAUUUACAUGCAGCUGACGAGAGAGGACUUUUUAACCCUUUCGAAACAGAUUUGUAGUGUAAAGUUUUAGUGCGAAUUUUUAAUUUUUAUUUUCCUAUACAAUUGUUUAUAU